AUAUGAGGGUGAGUGUGGAUGAGUGUGUGUCUGGUAUAUCAGGAUGAGUGUGUGUUUGGUAUAUUCAUGGUGAGGGAUAGAGGCUUAUAGCUGGACCAACAGAGGCAGUGCAGAGGGUGUGGCAUAGGGAGGUAGUUAUAGUGAUUCCCAGAGAAGAGCUGAGUGAGGCAGCUGAUGCUCUGUCCCUAUGGUAAGCUGAAGGCAGGUCCUCUCUGUAGCUCCAUCUAAUAGCUGUGCCUGAGCAGGGGACGAUGAUCAACACACAACACUAACAACUCCACUGUCAGCAUCAAAGAGCCAGCCAUCAGUACAUACAGUCACUGCAUUAAUGAAGAACGCUCUAAGCAAGACUACGAAUGUUCAUUUCUUAAAGAACUUUUAAAAACAAGCAGCAAUAAGACAAAUUAUGCUGGUACAUUUGGUGUGACUUCUUUAUAUGUCUACUGAUCGUUCUCCUUGAAGAUCACAAAAUGGGUCUUCAUAAAACCAGUGAUGGGGACAUCCUUGAAAGUUGCUGCUUAAGGAAAAAAAAUUUCACACAUGGACAGAAGCAUGCACUUGUUCUUAAGAAACUGAGACUUAUUCGCAUCCUUAGUCUUUUCAUAAGCAUAACAGCCAUCAGCAUGUUGUCUAUUGCAGUUAGUGCCUUUUUAAAGACAGAAUCUUCUAGCAAUGACAUGAUCAGUGCUACAGAUAGCCAAUCCCUUCUGCACAGGUAUCAAAGAACUCUAAUGGACAUUACAGACCAAAACCAGAAUGAUACUCCAGGUUCCACUAAUUCCGUAAAUAACAAAAGUAAGAACAAUAAAAGUGUUUCCAAGGGUGAAUACCCUGAAGAUAUUUUUUCUCUGGAAGACAGAAAGAGAGGUGCAGUGAUUCUACAUAUAUUUGGAAUGAUUUACAUGUUCAUAGCAUUAGCGGUGGUCUGCGAUGAAUUCUUUGUUCCUUCUUUGACAGUUAUCACAGAAAAAUUGGUCAUUUCUGAUGAUGUUGCUGGGGCUACCUUUAUGGCAGCUGGUGGUUCUGCCCCAGAACUGUUUACCUCAUUAAUCGGAGUAUUUAUAUCUCAUAGUAAUGUUGGAAUCGGGACAAUUGUUGGAUCUGCAGUAUUCAAUAUCUUAUUUGUCAUUGGCAUGUGUGCUUUGUUUUCCAAAGAGGUAUUAAACCUAACAUGGUGGCCACUCUUUCGGGACGUGUCAUUUUAUAUCUUGGGCUUGAUAAUGCUCAUCUGCUUUUUUCUGGACAAUUGGAUUCAGUGGUGGGAAAGCCUCAUGCUGUUAAUGGCGUAUCUAACAUAUGUCACCUUUAUGAAGUUCAAUGUUCAAGUGGAAAGUUGGGUGAAAAGAAAACUGAACAGAAACAAAGUUGUUAAGGUAUCAUCAGCCAAUUCUGAUAGACAGGAUCAAAGAGAGCAACCCAACAUCCUAGUACUUCAGGAGGACUAUAGGGCUCCUGAGGAGCAUGAAGGAGUGGCCAUGGACAUUCGGCACGGGGAUCUCAAUGAAACUGCAGGAUUGAAAGAGACUUGGACUGAAACAGUUGCAUCCCCAGGCAAGACAAAGCCGCGUCUCCAACGAGGUGGGAGCUCUGCAUCACUACACAACAGCCUAAUGAGGAACAGUAUUUUCCAGCUGAUGAUACAUACACUCGACCCCCUUUCUGAAGAACUUGGAGCAUAUGGAAAACUAAAAUAUUAUGACACUAUGACCGAAGAAGGCAAAUUUCGAGAGAAGGCUUCAAUUCUCCAUAAAAUGGCUAAAAAGAAAUGUCAAGUGGAAGACAGUGAAAGACUAAAUGGAGCGGCCAAUUAUUCAGACAAAGUUGAUCUUCCAAAUACUGCUAUUGUUUCGGUUGAAGUUACACCACCUAAAGAAUCAACUGGACCUGUGCAAAAUGGAAAUGUCUCACACAGCAUUGAAGCUGACGCAGCUCAGUUGACAGGAGGUCAGGUCGCUGAGGAAGAGGACCACCCUCUCAGUCUUGCCUGGCCAACUGACAGGCGAAAAAGGGCUGUAUACCUCACAGUCCUGCCUAUUGUAUUUCCAUUGUGGAUCACCUUACCUGAUGUCCGUAAACCUACAUCAAGGAAGUUUUUUCCAAUAACGUUUUUUGGAUCGAUCACUUGGAUUGCAAUAUUUUCCUACUUAAUGGUCUGGUGGGCCCAUCAGGUUGGAGAGACUAUUGGAAUUACAGAAGAAAUCAUGGGACUCACAAUUUUAGCUGCUGGAACCUCCAUUCCCGACCUUAUAACCAGUGUUAUUGUCGCACGGAAAGGUCUGGGGGAUAUGGCUGUAUCUAGCUCUGUAGGAAGCAACAUUUUUGACAUCACAGUAGGCCUCCCCAUGCCCUGGCUUCUCUUCACCAUAUUUCACAACAUGAAGCCUGUAGCAGUCAGCAGCAAUGGCCUGUUCUGUGCAAUUAUACUCCUUUUCUUAAUGCUGAUUUUUGUCAUCCUGUCCAUUGCAUUCUGCAAGUGGAAAAUGAACAAGAUAUUGGGGUGUACAAUGUUUGGCUUGUACUUCUUUUUCCUGGUAAUAAGUGUUCUCCUGGAGAAUCGAAUCAUAAAUUGUCCAGCAACUGUUUAAUCUGGAAAUGCUUGGAUACUGUGAACCAGAAGCUAUCAAAGAUACAGGUUGGCAUGACGCCGUCUUUGUCCUCUAGAAUCUGAGAUGGAUAAUUAUUUGAGCACUGGCAACAUGCAUCCUGAAGAACAACAAGCUGUAAAAUCAACGCGUUGCUCUAUUAUUGAAGAUUGUAGGAACUAUACAAGCUAUCGUUGUACAUUUUCUAAUGCAUGUUGUGUUCCUCUAUUACUCUCUUUACAUAUAAUCUAUAUAAAAAAUAUGCAGGGUGUAUUUAACAAAAGAGAGACCCUAGCUAAAGUGGAACCUACUUGUAGAAGCCAGUAUUGGCUCAUUUGGGAUUCUUAUGUAUCUGUUAGGUAUGAAUAGAAUUAUUAUCAUCCCCUCACCAUGGUUGUAAUCAACACUUCUCUGCCUAUAGUCUAGUACAAAAGGAGUGUUGUGGUGUUUGGAACAUAAAGAAUUUAAAUUCACUUUGUAGUAUAGGCAACCAGUUGUGGAAUGAACACAUGGGCCGAGUCAGACUGGAUUCUGUUUAUGAGAGUUAUAGGAAAGAUUUGGGUUUGCUGCCCAGUGCAUGGUACCCUAUAUCUAUAUUUAUCAAUGGCAGUAUUGCAGCAAUGGGUUUGAAUAAUAUAAUAUGUGUGGGGUGCCUCUAUUCACAAGAGGUCACAUAUGUUUUGCAAUUCACAAAGAAAAGGAACAAAAUCACCUAACUAAAAAACAAAUGUUUGAUCAUUAAAACACAAAAAAGAUAUAUAUAGACCACCCAGGUGCAGUAUGUGAACAAUCAAUACAAAAAGGUAGUUACCCUUUUGGAUACAAGAUAUAAAAGAAGGAUUCCUCUCAAUCCUCAAAUACAAAUAAUAAACAACCGGAUAUACCUAAAACCAUAAAAUGGAGAAUGAACUCAUAGAAUAGUAACGUGAUUCACAAAAACAUUUUUGAUCAUGAACUUGAUUUUCCCGUGUUCCAGCCUUGGGCAAAGCCUCUUAUAUCGACUAGGCAGUAAACAUUACUGUGCUAAUUGGAAGUCUGAAUGAAUAUUAACAUGAUCAAUAAACUGCUUAAUGGCAUAAAAUUAA